CCGCCCCCCGCGACUGCGGAGAAUGGGCACCGCGGGCCGCCGAGCGCAGCCGGAGAGCGCGCCCCGGUGACUCCGGGCUGAGCCCCGCGCCGCCAGCAUGUCCGUGGCCUUCGCGACCGCCCGGCCGAGAGGCAAAGGGGAGGUCACGCAGCAAACCAUCCAGAAGAUGCUGGACGAGAACCACCACCUGAUCCAGUGCAUCCUGGAGUACCAGAGCAAGGGCAAGACGGCCGAGUGCACCCAGUACCAGCAGAUCCUGCACCGGAACCUGGUGUACCUGGCCACCAUCGCAGACUCCAACCAGAACAUGCAGUCCCUGCUCCCUGCCCCGCCCACCCAGAACAUGUCGCUGGGCCCCGGAGCGCUGACGCAGAGCGGUUCCAGCCAGGGCCUGCACCCCCAGGGCAGCCUGAGCGACGCCAUCGGCACCGGCCUGCCCCCGUCCUCCCUCAUGCAGGGCCAGAUCGGCAAUGGCCCGAACCACGUGUCCAUGCAGCAGACGGCCCAGAGCACACUGCCCACAACCUCCAUGAGCAUGUCGGGCAGCGGGCACGGCACAGGGCCCGGCUACAGCCACUCGGGACCUGCCUCGCAGACUGUCCCCAUGCAGGGCCAAGGCGCCAUCGGCAGCUACGUGUCCCGGACCAACAUCAACAUGCCAUCCAACCCAGUGUCCAUGAUGCACCAGCAGGCCGCCACGCCCCACUACAACUCGGCACAGGGCGGGAGCCAGCACUACCCGGGCCAGACGUCCAUCGCCAUGAUGGGCCAGGGCGGCCAGGGGAGCAGCAUGAUGGGGCAGCGGCCCAUGGCGCCCUACCGGCCCUCCCAGCAAGGCUCUUCCCAGCAGUACCUGGGCCAGGAGGAGUACUACGGCGAGCAGUACAGCCACGGCCAGGGCGCCUCGGAGCCCAUGGGCCAGCAGUACUACCCGGACGGCCACAGCGAUUACGCCUACCAGCAGUCGUCCUACACGGAGCAGAGCUACGACCGGUCGUUCGAGGAGUCCACGCAGCACUACUACGAGGGCGGGAACUCCCAGUACAGCCAGCAGCAGGCCGGGUACCAGCAGGGCACGGCGCAGCAGCAGACGUACUCCCAGCAGAGCUACCCCAACCAGCAGAGCUACCCCGGGCAGCAGCAGGGCUACGGGCCUGCCCAGGGAGCACCCUCGCAGUACCCCAGCUACCAGCAGGGCCAAGGCCAGCAGUACGGAAGCUACAGGGCGACGCAGGCGGGGCCCUCAGCCCAGCAGCAGCGGCCUUACGGCUACGAGCAGGGCCAGUAUGGAAAUUACCAGCAGUAAGGGACAAGCGUCCUUGUUGGAGCCCUGUGGUUGUGUGUUCAUCCAGGGGAUGGACGGGCCGCUGGCAGUUCUGAUGAAUUGUGACAUGUUGGUUACCCCUUCGCCCAGUGCCACGUCUGCAUGUGAAGCGUGCUCAUUUCAUGCUGGGUAUGACGCCGAGCGAGCACCGCGGGCACGAACCAGCGCUUUGGUGGUGCGACACAUCUGGUGCUGUGUAUAGUAUCGUACGUCGACACGAUGGAGCGGUUGUACUGUCCUUGUCCCCCACCCUUCUUGAUGUUUCUAGCUAGCUUUGGGGGUCAUUUUGUCAUCAGAGUAUUCUGUGCCCAGUGAUGGGUCGCAGCUAGAAGACACCACAGUCCUCGUAUUUCUGUGAACAGACCCCUCCCCUCCGGCAGUUGUCCCAUCCUGGGUUGUAACGUUUCUUGCACCGGCCACCCGCAGCCUGACACACGUGCAGCCCCUGGGUGGCAGCCUCUUCCUGUGCCUCGAUGGGUGGGUGGGAGGGCGUCUCCUGUGUUCGGGGCGGCGAAAGGGAUCGGCACGCUUCGGUGCGGAGGCCGCGGACGGUCCUUGCUUAGCUCGCUCUUACCUCUGUCUCGCCAGCUCCGUUCAUCCAGGAAGGUGCAUGUUCUCAUGUUAAAAAGCAAAGUGGGAUCAAUGAUUAUAUUCCAGAUAAAUAUGAGCCCACGGGGGCCGUGUGCAGUUCUCUGAACCCGGGGAGAGGGUUUCACGGAAGGAAACAGGCGGUCCUCUGGGCAGGGGGUCGCAGUUGGGAAUUACUCUGGCUUUGAGCCUUGUCUAUCUGGCGGUCAUUUCUGGGAUUUGAAUGUUUAAUACGCCCAAUUCUAAACGUGUAGAAUAUUUGAAAUACUGAUACUGAGUUUUCCAGAUGGCUGGCAAGUGGUUUAUUUUAUGUUAUUUCUUCCAGGACCUGCUUGUGCAGAUCUCCAAGCAAGCGUCCUUUUCUUUUAGGGAAAUCUGACAUUGGCGUCUUAUUUUUAAAAGGAGCCCCAGUAACUUUGUUGUGUUCUAUAUAAUGAAAAGUGAAGGUUUUAUAUAGAAAAAUUUGAGUAAUUUUUACAUUGCUAGGACAGUCGAUCCCACUUAAAUUCUGUGAGACAUUAAAGACAGCUCACAUGGGAAAGUACAGUCAGAGGGAAAAGUCCUGCGUUUCCACUGAUAAGUCACAUGGACAUUUGAUCAACCUUUACUUGGAUAAUAAUAUUCAUAUUUACUAUGAAUCCUUUUUCAAAAAAAGUCUUUGGAUAAAUACUGACAUAUUUCCAAGAACUACCCAGAAAAUACAAAAAAAUCCAAUGCUUGAUAUAUUAUGCCUGCUGCUGCUGUUUUUCUUUCACUGAUAAAUUUUAUGUUUUAAAAAUUUAAAGUAUUAUAAUACUUUAUACAGAGUUGAGUGCUUUAGAAUUUACAAGGCACUUUGAUCGUUUUUGCUUGAUUUAACCCUGGCAGCCCACGUGGGGAGGCGUGGAGCAGUCACUGUUCCCAUUUCACAGGUGAGGAGCCGCGGCUCAGAGGAGAGGACUUGGCUGUGCCGAGUGCCAGUCCCGUUCUAGGACGUUCUCCCCUCUGUGAGACAGCACACAAAAGUGAGGAUAGAAGCGUUUGUUGGGUAGGCAUGAGGGUUUUAAAAACCCUUAACACUGGUAAGGGCUUAGAAAUAUAUGUCCAUAUUAAAUUACUGAAAUGAGAAUUCUUAAUUGCUAAAUGACAAAGGUAUCAGCAAUUUCAUUUAGGGACUCAUCUCCCUUGAUUUUGUUCUUUUCCUUUCUGACAAUUUUCAUAGAACUAAUUUGCAACUCAAUUGGGGACUAAAAUUUCCCAUUGAGAAUGUUAAACAUUUUAGAUAACUGUGAAAAUAGUUUAUUUUUAUUCCUUGCCAAUCUGGGAAUAUGCCUUUUAUGUGUGUGUGUGUGUGUGUGUGGUUUUUUUUAAGUGCUGUAUUAAUACUUUUUGAAAGAAAAGGACACUUAAAAAAACUUAUCCCAAAACUUCAAUCUGAAAUGUCUUACAUUAAGAAUAUCUUGAAUGUUGUGUAUAUAUUUUAAAAAGCACUUUGCGAAACAGUUUGUACAUUUAUUUCCUAAUUUAUACAUGAUUUUUGGUGUUAAUAUAUUUAAGGAUUAAUAACAGAAUGUUUAUUUAAGGUGUCGUCCAUUUUUAUGUAUUGUGGGGAAAAGUGAUGCAAGCAGUUCUUUUUCGUUAACUGUAUUAUAUCUUCUCUUUUGUAAUGUGAACACUGGGACACGCAUAGGCUACAGCGAAUUGUUUGUGCAGUGUGGUUGCUGGUGCUUUGUGUUUUAAGGCUGCCUCUACCGCAGGCUGGUGAACGUGCAAAGGAAGAUUUGAAACUGAUGCUCAUUCUCCUGUUGUUCUCCAACAUCCAGCAAGCUGUGAACUUAAAAGGUGAUGACCACAGUUUUCACAAGUGCAGACAAAUUCAUAUUGGUAAACAAACAAAAGCUCAUCACCCUUGUGGGUUUGUUGAAUCAACGGUACUUAGCAUAUUAAAAAGUCCAUCAGAACUCACAGUCUUUAUAAUGGUAUUAAGGUGGACGAGAUCGCCUAGGAUCUGAAAGGAAACCUUAAUAUGUUCAUAGGGUAGGAGUAUAAGUGAACCUCUGGUUUUGUCAGAGUUUUUAAUAUGUAUAGGCUUGAAUAUCGGGCGUCCCUUCAAAACUGUAAAAAGAGGAAGACAGUUUCCAUUUCCACUUAAAAUUUUUUUAGCCAUUACUUCACUUCUAUUUAUUGAACAGGUCAAAUUCAUCUUGUUAUUUGUGAAUACAGUACAUUUUUUUAAAACAUCCUUGUCGGUUAAUUUUUUUUUCAGUUGGAGUUUGGCAUAUAAAUUGUUUAUGCUUUGGUGUAAUCUCCUAAUAAAAUGGUUCUUCAAAAAUCA